CAUCUCAUCUCAUCUCCGAUCUUCUCCCUGCUUCCGAUUUCCGUGCUCCGACGCUUAUCCAUGUCGACUCAAGGUCAGGUCAUCACUUGCAAAGCUGCGGUGGCUUGGGAGCCGAACAAGCCGCUGGUAAUUGAGGACGUUCACGUGGCUCCGCCGCAGGCUGGUGAGGUUCGAGUCAAGAUUCUCUUCACGGCUUUGUGUCAUACUGAUGCCUACACUUGGAGUGGAAAGGAUCCUGAGGGUCUUUUCCCGUGCAUUCUUGGUCACGAGGCUGCUGGGAUUGUAGAAAGUGUUGGUGAAGGUGUGACUGAAGUUCAACCUGGUGACCAUGUCAUUCCUUGUUACCAGGCAGAAUGUAGGGAAUGCAAGUUUUGUAAAUCUGGAAAGACAAACCUAUGUGGCAAAAUUAGAGCAGCUACUGGAGUAGGAGUCAUGAUGAACGAUAAGAAGAGCCGUUUCUCAAUAAAUGGAAAACCAAUUUACCAUUUCAUGGGAACCUCAACAUUCAGCCAGUAUACAGUUGUACAUGAUGUUAGUGUUGCGAAGAUUGAUCCAAAAGCCCCUUUGGAAAAAGUAUGCCUUCUUGGGUGUGGUGUUGCCACUGGUCUUGGAGCAGUCUGGAACACAGCAAAAGUGGAACCUGGAUCUAUUGUUGCCAUUUUCGGCCUUGGAACUAUUGGUCUUGCAGUUGCUGAGGGUGCUAAAGCAGCCGGUGCUUCAAGAAUCAUUGGCGUUGAUAUUGACAGCAAAAAGUUUGACACAGCAAAGAACUUUGGAGUGACUGAGUUUGUGAAUCCAAAGGACCAUGAUAAGCCAAUUCAGCAGGUUCUUGUUGACCUCACGGAUGGUGGUGUUGACUACAGUUUUGAGUGUAUUGGAAAUGUCUCUGUUAUGAGGGCUGCACUAGAAUGCUGUCACAAGGGCUGGGGAACAUCAGUGAUUAUUGGUGUCGCAGCAUCAGGACAAGAAAUAUCUACACGGCCUUUCCAGUUGGUUACUGGUCGUGUUUGGAAGGGGACUGCUUUUGGUGGUUUCAAGAGUCGUUCACAAGUGCCUUGGCUUGUGGACAAGUACAUGAAGAAGGAAAUUAAGAUUGAUGAGUACAUUACCCAUAAUUUGACUCUUGGGGAGAUCAACAAGGCCUUCGACCUCUUGCAUGAAGGAAGUUGCCUGCGUUGUGUGCUUAACACAGAGGCAUGACGUGAUCUGCUAAGCAAAGGGGUGACCUGUUGAGAACAACUUUCUUUUAGUUGGGCAUUUGUUAUUGCCGCUAUCGUGUGAAAAAGUACUGCUCAAACUUAAGCAUAUUUUGUUAAUGUUGUCUGCAUAAACUUAAGUUCAUUUCAAAGCAGUUAUGAAGUUUGCAGCAUGGAUGAAAAACUGUCAUUAGUUUGAAUAAUUGCUAAUAUAUUUCUUCUCAAAGG